AUAGCCAUGUAUCGCUCUUCGACCGGCAAUCUCGCCAGCUAUGACGACGAGCCACCUCGCGGAGGCCAGCGUUGGGAUCGCGACAGGUUCGAGCGCAUGAGGGGCGGCAGGGGUCCUCCUAGCCGCGACGACGAACACGACCACUUCCGCUUCCAAGAGCACGAUCGCUUCCCAGGAGGCCGCCGCGACAUCGACAUCCAUGAGGACUACGACCGCCGUGGCCCACCUAGCAGGCAACCCACCCGCGUUCAGGAGAGGGACCGCUUCUUCGAAGAGGACCGUUUCGAACGCCGCGCUCCUCCACGCCGAAAUGAUGUCUUUGAAGAGCGCACGCCUUCUGAGAUAGCCAAUCAGGCGCUCGCACCCUAUCGCAGGAAGUCUGUCAUUGACGAGGACAUCAACAUCGACCUCAGGAGUCAAGUUUCGAGGCCACGAAAGCCAGCGCGACCACAGUACAUCCGCAGACAGUCAUCUCUCGACACAUUCGAUCGUCGACCCCUACCUCGCUACGGAGAUAUUGAACGAGUGGAGAGGAACGAGUACCACGAGUACCGCCCGCCUGCCAAUGUGCCUAUUCCAUUGCCUGUCCGCGAACGUCGCAGGUCACCGGAACGUCGACGAUUCAGAGAGUCUGACGACGACCUUGCUUACGGUGAUUUUGGCGGAGGCAGAGGCAGGGAGCGUGAAGAGUACCGCGAGAUUGAAGUGUCAAGGAACAAGAGCAGAGUCCGAAGAAGCAAGAGUGUCGCAGGCUCCAGGCGCAGCUCCUCUUCCGACAGUGUGUCAGAGAUCCAGCUACCGCGCGCGAACUACGGCAAGAAGGGCAAGACAAGACUGCCAAAGCGAUUGGUGAAGAAGCAAGCGGUCAUUGAGCUUGGCUAUCCUUUCGAGGAAGAGGAUGACUUCAUCAUCAUCACUCGUGCUCUUGAGAAGGAACACAUCGAUGAGUGCAUCAAGGUCAGCGAGAACUACAAAGAGGCAGAGAAAACAACGUAUGUCUACGAAGAGCGAAUUGAAGAGACAGCCACACCUCCUCCGCCGCCGCCUCCGCCAGAGUUUGUGGCGGCUCCUCCACCACCUCCGUCCGUCUAUGCUGCACCUCCACCUCCGCCAUCUGUGUAUGCUGCACCACCUCCGCCACCGCCGCAAGUCUAUCACGCACCGCCACCUCCACCAGCAUCGGUCUACGCAGCGCCGCCGCCUCAGCACGCGCCAACAGUGUACGAGCCAUCAGUCCGCAGCGUGUCACCUCCAAGGCACGAGCACGAGAGGUAUGUUGAGAUCGAGCGCUCAGCUGCUAUGCACGGGCCAGCAACGGCAUUCCUGCCAGAGGGGCGCCAUCUUGUACGCCAGUCAAGAGACACUCGAACAGAGCGCGAUAUCCGAGACGAGAUCCGGUCGCUAGAGGAGGAACGCCAGUUGCUCAAGUACGAGCGUGGCGAGGACUACGAGGUCUAUGAGCGAAGAGACCCCAAGCGGGAGGUUGUUCGUGUUGACAGGGACAGAAAGGGACGACGCGACAGGCCGAACCCGAAGAUCGUUGCGGCUAUGAUGUCGACUCUGACUUGA